GGGGGGGCGUUUAGGCUGCGGAGGGGCGUGCAGGCGUGGCUACGUCAUCAGGGCGCGACACACCCGGAAGAGACGUGGCAGAAAAAAGGAGUAACAGGAGCCGUCGGAGGGGGUGAAGCGACGGCUCCCGGGCCACCCCCGGGAGACCAUGGGGCUCUGUAAGUGCCCCAAGAGGAAGGUGACCAACCUGUUCUGCUUCGAGCACCGGGUCAACGUGUGCGAGCACUGCCUGGUGGCCAACCACGCCAAGUGCAUUGUCCAGUCUUACCUGCAGUGGCUCCAGGACAGUGACUACAACCCUAAUUGCCUUCUUUGCUGCACCCUCCUUUCCUCAAGCGAGACCAUCCGCCUUGUCUGCUAUGAUCUAUUCCAUUGGUCAUGCCUUAAUGAACGAGCUGCCCAGCUGCCUCGAAAUACAGCACCUGCCGGUUACCAAUGCCCUAGCUGUAGUGGCCCCAUCUUUCCCCCUGCCAACCUUGCAGGCCCUGUGGCGAUUGCCUUGAGGAAGAAGCUGUCAACUGUCAACUGGGCCCGAGCUGGGCUGGGCCUUCCACUGAUUGAUGAAGUGACCCCAACCUCUCAGGCCCUUGAGACUUCUGGCUUCUCUAAUUGGUCCAACUUCAAUACAAGAAGCCCCUUAGUGAUAGCAGAGCAAUCCACCUGCAAUGACGAAGACGAACCAUCCUUCUACAGCACAUCCCCCAAGCCCCCUCCUUCCCCUACCAAGCCUGCCAAGCCUGCCAAGCCUGCCAAGCCUGCCAAGGUUGAGAAGUCUGAGAAGCAUGAGAAGUCUGAGAAGCAUGAGAAGCAUGAGGUGCACGGGACGAUCGAGGUGCACGAGAAGCACGCCAUAAUCCACAUGGGUGGCCCUGAGCCCUUGCCAGCCUCUGCUCCUCGAAAAGUCUACGACACCCGGGAGGGGGUUCAGGAAGGGGAUCGGCUUCCCAUCCCCCACAGUGACUCUGAUGAUGACAAAUACCGCCGGAGGCCUGCUCUGGGUUGGUUGGCCCAGAUACUAAGGAACCGGGCAGGGUCCCGAAAACGACCCUUGUCCCUGCUGCAGAGGGCUGGGCUACUAGUUCUACUGGGAGCCCUGGGUUUUCUGGCCCUCUUGAUUCUCAUGUCCCGCUUGGGCCGGGCUGCGGCUGACAGUGAUCCUAAUCUAGACCCUCUCAUGAACCCUCAUAUCCGAGUGGGCCCAGCUUGAGUCCCAUCCCUCUCCUCCUUUUUCACACCUAGCUGGGAGGAGAGUCAAGGCCAGUGGAGGGCAGAGAGGGUGCUGUCUCAUCCCCUAGAAUGACUCCCCUGUUCACUUCUCUCCACUCCAGUCUCUUGAGACACUAAAGCCCCACUAGAUCGAGAAGACAAGGUCCCUUUGGCUCUUGCUGCCACUCAGGUCACAAGUUCACUUGGGGCUAAGUUCUGUCCCCCCUGACCUGCUUUUCCCUGGGAGGAUCCCUGGAACACCAGCCCACCCCUACCCACUUCCCCUCCAUACUCCCUCUCCCUCAGGAAAAACUGUGGCAUUGAAAAUAAACAACAGACUUUAUCAUA